AUGGACGCAAAAAAGGAGAAAAAGAACACGGCGCCGUUUAGCCGCUCGGAGGUUUUCAGCCAGCUUAGGAGGGAACUCCAUGGGCAGCUACAGUCCGAUCGUUCCAACAUAUUCAUCAUCCUGGGAGCUUCGGGAGAUCUUGCAAAGAAGAAGAUAUACGCCACCUUAUGGUGGUUGUUCCGAGAUGGCCUGCUCCCAGAGGACACCUACUUUGUGGGUUUCGCCCGCUCUAACUUGACAGUGGAGGAUGUCAUGGCAGCAUGCCUGCCUCACAUGAAGGUGACUGAUAGUGAGGGUGAGCGCCUUUCCACCUUCGUCAGCAGGAAUUCAUACCUGAGCGGUCGCUACGAUGACGCUGGUUCGUUCCAUAAGCUCAACGCUCAUGUGUCCUCUCUGCCCGGCGGACCUGAGGCCAACCGGCUCUUCUACCUGGCUCUGCCCCCCACUGUUUACCGCGACGUCUGCACAAACAUCAGCGGCCACUGCAUGAGCCCCAAAGGUUGGAACAGACUCAUCGUUGAGAAGCCUUUCGGACGGGACCUGAGAAGCUCCCAGGAGCUGUCCACGCACAUGGCCUCGCUCUUUUCAGAAGAACAGAUCUACCGCAUUGACCAUUACCUGGGCAAAGAGAUGGUGCAAAACCUCAUGGUGCUCAGGUUUGGCAAUCGUAUCUUUGGGCCCAUCUGGAACAGGAACAGCGUGUCAUGUGUGGUGCUCACCUUCAAGGAACCAUUUGGGACGUAUGGCCGUGGAGGAUACUUUGAUGACUUUGGAAUCAUUAGAGACGUGAUGCAAAACCAUCUCCUCCAGAUGCUUUGCUUGGCGGCCAUGGAGAAGCCCGCCUCCAUAGGGCCAGAUGACGUGAGAAAUGAGAAGGUGAAGGUGUUGAAGUGUAUCGCUCCAGUGGAUGCCUCCGAGGUGCUGCUCGGGCAGUACGUGGGGGAUCCCGAGGGCGAGGGCCUUGCCAAGAUGGGUUACCUUGACGAUCCCACCGUCCCUGAGGGCUCUUGCACUCCGACCUUUGCCAUCGCUGUGCUUUAUGUGCACAAUGAAAGAUGGGACGGUGUGCCUUUCAUACUACGUUGCGGUAAAGCCCUAAACGAGCGCAAAGCUGAGUUACGGCUCCAGUUCACUGACGUGCCUGGGGACAUCUUUGCAAAAGAAUGUCAGAGGAACGAGCUGGUGGUUCGCGUGCAGCCGGACGAAGCAAUCUAUCUAAAGAUGACCACCAAGAGGCCUGGGGGUCACUUCAGGCCAGAGGAAACGGAGCUGGAUCUCACCUACAAGAGCAGAUACAAGAACGUGAAGCUCCCAGACGCGUACGAGAGGCUUAUACUGGAUGUCUUCUGUGGCAAUCAGAUGCAUUUUGUUCGCAGCGAUGAAUUGCGGGAGGCUUGGAGAAUUUUUACCCCGCUCCUCCACCAAAUUGAAGAGAACAAGACACGCCCUUUAGCCUACAAAUAUGGAAGUCGCGGGCCGAGGGAAGCCGAUGAGCUGCUGAGGACGGCUGGGUUCCGCUAUGAGGGGAAAUACAAGUGGGUGCAACCCCACAUGUGA